UGAUGCUUAGCUAUGGCGGCGACAGCGAAGAGCUUGAAACUUUUCAUUGUAACCUGUUUACAUCUGGCUUUCUUUUUAACGAUCACGUUUAUCCACGCUGCAGACCUGACGUGGGAUGCAAAUGGAUAUGUUCUUUAUUGUCCAUGCAUGGGUCGGUUUGGAAAUCAAGCGGAUCAUUUUCUCGGCUCUUUGGCUUUUGCCAAAAUGCUAAACCGAACUCUAGCGGUUCCGCCGUGGGUUGUUUACCGACAUCAUGCACCUCCUUUUACGAACGUACAUGUUCCUUAUACUGAGUAUUUCCAGUUAGAGCCCCUCAAGCAAUACCACCGUGUGGUCAGUCUGGAGGACUUCAUGAAGCAUUUGGCCCCCAAACAUUGGCCCCAGGGUCGGAGAGUUGCCUACUGCUUUGAGUCUGCCGCUCACAGGAGCCCUGACAAGAAGACCUGUCCUAUGAAGGAUGGGAACCCCUUUGGACCUUUCUGGGACCAUAUUGGAGUCGAUUUUGAUCGCUCAGUACUAUUUGGAAGUCUGUCAUUCAGCUCCUAUUACCAACCACACUGGAAGUCGAGGUUCCCCCCAUCAGAGCAUCCAGUUAUAGCUCUUCCAGGAGCCCCAGCACAGUUCCCAGUACUGGAAGAGCAUGUGGGUCUGCAGCAGUAUGUGGUGUGGUCUGACAAGAUAGUACAAGAAGGAGAGAAUCACAUCAACACCUUGUUAACCAGACCCUUUGUGGGCAUCCAUUUGAGAAUUGGUUCUGACUGGGUAAAUGCAUGCAAGCUGUUGCAGUCAGGGGAUGCCGGUCCUCACUUCAUGGCAUCGCCGCAGUGUGUUGGGUACGACCGUCAGAACGCCCUGCAGUUGACCAUGACCAUGUGUUUGCCAGAGCUGUCUGAGAUCCAGCGUGCUGUCAAACUUUGGGUAAAGAAGACGAAUGCUCAGUCAGUAUACAUAGCCACCGACUCGGAAACACACAGUGCAGAGAUUCAGAAACUCUUCAAGGGCAAGGUGAAAGUGGUCAGUUUGCGUCCGGACACGGCUCAGAUUGACCUGUAUAUCCUCGGCCAGGCCGAUCACUUUAUUGGAAACUGUGUUUCAUCCUUCACCGCCUUUGUUAAAAGGGAAAGAGAUAUUCAUGGGAGACUCUCAUCAUUCUUUGGAAUGGACUUUCCAGGAACACGGAAAAGAAAAGAAGAGCUCUAAUGUAAUUUUUGCGUGUUACAUUGUGAUGAACAAGUGAAAAUGAUGUUUCAAGUUUGAUUAGAAAUCAGAGGUUUCAGUUGAGAAGUAUUGAAUACCAAAAAGUAUUUAACUGAAGGCUGAAGGAAGGAAGUUAGUACAUUAUUAACUUCACUGGACAUUGCAUAUUAUCAUACACACAUCUCCCUUUGCUGAUGUGAAGAGUUUUUUUCCUGCCACUCUUCUAGCUUUACUGUGGGCCGCCAUAAAAUAAAUCAUUUGGUCCACUAUAUAUUUCUUUCCCAGAUAGAUUUAUGUUGGGAUAUUGAAUACUACAUUGCUAUUAAAACUUUUGUAUUUACUGAGUGGAUUGUGUUUUUGAGGAUUGAAACCAACUGUCAACUUUGACGAAAAGAGAGAGAGAGAGAGAGAGAGAGAGAAAGUAAAGUGUUUAUAGGGUUAGAAAUAGCACUUUUAAGGUGAUGCUGACCUCCAGAGGCACCAGGUAAUGUGAUGCUGUCAUUUUUUAAUAUGAAUUUAUGCGACUAUAAAAUAAUGUUCAUUUUCUCAAUUUUUUUUUUAAUAAUGAAAAUGAAUGCGGUUAUCAAUGUCUUGUGAAGUUUUUGAUAUCUACAAUAGUACUGCAUCUGAAGUAAAAAAAAAGUUUAGAAAUGCCAACAAUGUUUAAUAAGUGUUUUAAGCUGUUUGUAAGUAAUUUUGUACAAAUUCAAAUGGCACAUUCCUGAAAUGAGCAAUCUUUUCCAUGGAAAAAAUUAAAUGAGCAGUGUUCUGACUGCACGCAUUCACUUAUUUUGUCUUAUGUUGUCAUUGAAAGAAAUGACUGUGUUUUCCUUCAUAAUUUUAUUUCAUAAUGUGUUUUACUUCAUAAAUGUGUAAUAUUAUGUGUCUAAAAUUUCAUCAGAUUGAAUACUAUUGAUGUAAUAUAGUUGUACUGUAGUGUUCUGUAACUAUAUGUGCACUUUUUAUUUCUUAUUCCAUACAGUUUUACUGUAAAAUACUGUAGGUACAGAUGAUUGCAAAAUAUAUUUUU